UCAGUGAACUCAGUGCCGUGGUGCCCAAACACGGUUUAUAAGUCGUAUAUUUUGAAUUGUGCGUUCUGUUGAGUGACAGAAAAUACGUAGCAGUGGUGCACGGGAAGAAUAAUUCAUUUGGGAGCUUUAGGAGCUUCAUUCGGUGUAAGCAGGGAUGUCAGCUCCAAACUCUGCACAACGGAAGUCAUGCUGGGACGCCAGGGAUUUGCUGUGGAAAUGUAUGGACGACAAUAACGACAAAGUUGAAUCCUGCCAGAGGUUCCAGAGCGAGUUUGAAGCAAAAUGCCCCGCUCAGUGGGUAAAAUAUUUUUCCAAGAGGAGAGACUUCCUGAAAUACAAGGAGAAGAUGCAGACGGAGGGAUUUACACCUGCUGAAGGUCCCAACCAGCCAUCCUAACCAAUGAACCAUUGGACAGCAGACCAUUCUAAAUCUGCAGAGAAACUGACUUUGAGCCCUAAUCAGACCAGGGCCAGAAGUGCACAACCUGGGGAUGAGUUUUCCAUCUUUAUUGAGGAUUUAUUUUCACAGAUAGAAAAGUUGCAAAAAGGAAAAUAUACAUAUUAUCAGCUCAGAGUGGCAGUAUGGGGAGUUGUUUGAAUGAAGCAUCAGCUCAUUUCAGCUACAGGUGUCAGAUGUUUGAUGUGGAUGUAAAUCUCAGUUGAAGUUCACCUGGGUGUAAAAUGUAAUGUUGUCAUUGUAGUUUGCAACUGUGUAGUUCAAAACACAGUUGGAAUGCUUAAAGGUCACAUUUUAUCCUCCUUUCAACAAGCUCAAAUAAGUCUCAGAGCUCCACAAAACAUGUCUGUGAAGUUUCUUGUUCUAAAUCCACUCUGAUCCUGUAUUUGAUCAUGUCUAUAAACCCCUCUAUUUCAGCCCUGCUCAGAACAGGCUGUUUCUUUGUCUGUACCUUUAAAUAUGUAAAUAAGCUGUGUUUGACCACGCCCCCUUUCUGGAAGGACUUGAGUGGAUUAGGCCUUCUCGCUCCAUGCCCUAUUGUUUACGGUGAGAAGGCAGAUUCAGGGCAGAACAAACACCUAGCUGUGGGAGUGUCACCCACCUGUGGGAGGGGCUACUGCCCUUUGUGAUGUCAUAAAGGGAAAAUCUCCAAACGGCCUGUUUGAGCACACAUUUUCUGAAAAUUGGAGCAGGUAAAAGAUGGAGAGGAUGGACUUUUCUCAUAAUUGGGGGGUUUGUAGACAGAAUAGUGACACAUAUUAGUGUAUUUUGUAUAAUAUGUGACCUUUAUUCACUUUAGCUCAAAAAAUGCAACCCAUUCAGACAUGUAAAGUGGGCCUGUUUCUGUGUCAGCAUUAUUCAAGAUAAACUUUUCUCUCCAUCUCCGUUUUCAGCCUUUAAUCCAGAGUGCACCUCUGAUAAACGUUUGUGUUUAAUGAAUAUUUCUUGCACUGAUACUAGUCAUGAGUAGUGAUCAUUUCAAUCAUUUUGUGACAUAAAGACAAAUGAAUACAA